AUGCCAAUGCCUCAGUACGCCAUGCAGCACCAGUACCCGGUGUCCCAGCCGCAUACUCUUCCCCCGCUCCAGCCUCAUCACUCCCAGUCUCCUGCCCCUCAUUCCUACAUGGGUCAGCCUUACCGGCCGGAUCUCUCGAGAUAUCCCGCGUCAACUCACGAUGUCUACGCGACCUCCGCGGCUCCUAUCAUGCCUCAUACGACCGUGGGUAGCUUGCCUCCGUCCUCGUUCCUCUCCCAUCACAAUCCGCAGGCCCAGCCCCAGCCGUCGCAACCUUAUCCUCCUCCGCACAGCGUGCUCCCCCCCGCGUCGAGUGCUCAGUCCUAUCCUCAGCCGAUUGCGCCGGCCCCGCCGCGUGACCGUCGCUCCGACUACUCCGCACUUCCGUCGGGUGCUUUCAGCUACUCGGAUGCUAAGGGCUCGCCUUGGAUGAACCAGGAUCCCGUGGCAGGCCCGAAUGGCGCUGCGCCUUAUGCUGCGAAGGAGCCUCCUCGUACCCAGGUUGUUGGCUCGCAGGGCCGUCGUGGUAUCCUUCCGAGCGUUCCGGGACGCGCGACUCCGGUCACCAACGGCGUCAAUGGAACUGCCAAGAACACCACAAUUCCCGCCAAGGAUGCAGAUGGAAAAUUCCCAUGCCCGCACUGCAAUAAGACAUAUCUUCAUGCUAAGCACUUGAAGCGUCAUUUGCUCAGACACACGGGCGAUCGUCCUUACAUGUGUGUUCUUUGCAAGGACACUUUCUCCCGCAGUGAUAUCUUGAAGCGCCACUUCCAGAAGUGCUCGUUGAGACGUGGUAACCCCACGGGAGCGACUCACUUGUCGCAUCCCCAGGCGCAUCUGAAGAGAUCCCAAGCUGCGGCCAAUGCUGUCAAGCCUGUUCAGGAGGAAGUCAACAAUCCCAUCCCGCCUCCCAACGGUCUCCCCGGUGCGACGUAUGCUGAGGGUCCUGUGAACGGCAAUGGCAUGGCUCCCGCCCGUCCAGGUUACACGGAACAGCAGCCUUUGGGUUUCUCCAUGUCGUCUGUGAAUGGGAUGAACCGCGGUCCUCCCGAGGACGCUUAUCCUGCCGGUCAGCCUCAACAGAGAGGUCCCUGGCUUGCUGCUCCUAAGCAGAGCCCGUACAUGGUUCAGCCCGGCGCUGAUGCCUCUGGCCAACAACUGAACGUUGACCGUCCUCCCCUUGAGCAGGUAAAGCCCCCGGUUAUUCAAGAUCCUAAGCGCCCUGUCAUGCCUGGCCCCACUCCCAAUCAUGCUGGCGAAAUUGACUGGACUUCGAUGUUUCAGCCCGGAGGUUCCGACGGUUACAUCAACCAGGUCUUCCCUCAGCAGACCAUGGCCGCCGGCCAGGAGCCGAUCCACGCUCACGUUGACGCUGAACGCAAGUUCUACCCCACUACCACCGCCCCUGGUCCCCAAGAAAGUGGCAUGAACGGACUUUAUCUGGCGUCAACUAUGAGCGGCGACGGUAAGUUGAAAGGAUACCUGUUAGAAUUGGGUUCGAUGCUAACUCACCUGUCAUCUAGGCACCGUUCAGCCCGCCCGCCAAUAGUCGCGAGUAAAUGA